ACGUGGGCGCGUGUCGAAGGUCACGGCGCCCACAAUGGAGCUGUCGGCGUACGCGCAGGGCGGGUGGCGGCUGCUGGGCGACCCCCGCCGCUUCCCCCGCCGGCCCUACGCCGCGCUGCUCCGCGCCGCUUUCCGCAGCCUCCUCGAUCACCCCCAAGCCGGGUUGGACGAUCCAGACCUGAAAGAUAUUGACCCUACGGUAUUAAAACAUUGCCAUGCUGCGGCUGCAACAUGUAUUCUGGAGGCAGGAAAGCACAAAGCUGACAUAUCUGCUAUAAGCACAUGUCUUGAGGACUGUAAACUGGACAAAGAAAGAAUAGAACAAUUUUGCACCGAAUAUCAGAAAAACAAGGAUGCAUUGGAAAUCCUAUUGGGAAGCAUAGGCAGGUCUCCUCUUCAUAUAACUGAUGUGUCUUGGCGCUUGGAAUAUCAGAUCAAGAGCAAUCAACUUCAUAAAACUUACCAGCCUUCCUACUUAGUGACCUUAAACGUAGAGAACAGUGAUUCAGGAUCACACCCAGAUGUUAGUUUUAGUUGCACGAUGGAGCAAUUACAGGAUUUAGUUGGAAAACUAAAAGAUGCUGCAAAAAGUCUAGAAAGAGCAACUCAGAUGUGAUUGAAGGAGGAUGUGUCAGCCUGCUGAGCUGAAGUACUCUCAUUCCUAAGAGUAUCUUCUAAAUGACAAACGUCUUUCAUCUCUUGAUGCAAACUGUUUUGUUUGUGGGUUUUUUUAAGUCAUUGGAUGCGAAUUAAGUGAAAUAACAAUUUUUUGUGACUGCA